AUGCAUGGUAGGAAAGCAAACAAUUAUAAAGAAGAAAAUGGGAAGUUAGAAAAAGUUAAAGAACUUAUUCCUGUUGUAAAUGAUUUAAUUAUAAAAAAAAAAGAAUCUAAAUAUGAAAAAAAGUAUAUUCAAAUGUCAUCGGCAAUUUUAAGUAAAUGCCCUUAUAUCCAGACAUUGUGGAAUUACCGAAAGGAAUAUUUUGAAUUCAUAAAAGAUGAACACUUAAACAGAAACGAAAAACAUCCUAAUGAUACGAAAGGUGAUAGUGAAGGAAAGAUAAGUGAAGAAUUUAAGAAUGAGUUAAAAGAAAUGAUGGAAAAUGAGAAUUCAAUGAUUGAAGACAUUUUAGUUAAAUUUAGCAAAUGUAACGAAUUAUGGUUUCAUAAACUUUGGAUAAUUAAAUAUUGCAUAAAAAAUGAUUUAAUAGAUCUUAAAUAUUUAUUAAAUGAGCUAGAAUACUGUAAAAAUUCUCUUCAUAUAGAUGACAGAAAUUAUCAUUGCUGGAAUUAUCGAUCUUAUAUAAUAUCUUGCAUAAAUAUAUAUGAAAAAAAAACAAAAGAAAAAUUACCAAAAAAUAUGGACAGUAUUGAAAUAAAUGAAAAUGAUAAAAACAAAGAUGUAGAACAAAAUGUGAACAAUUUUAAUGUUCAAACAUCUAAUUGUGAAUUAUCCAAAUUACUAAUUGAACGUAAUUUUUCGAAUUUUUCUGCAUGGUAUUUAAAAUAUUCUCUAAAAGAGGAAUUAAUUAAUAUUAAUGAAGAGUUGGAAUUAAUAAAGAAUGCAAUAUUUACGGAUCCUUCUGAUCAAAGUUUAUGGGAAUACUAUAGAUGGUUUCUUUUUAAAAAAGGGAAACAUGAAGAAGAAAUAUUUUUUAUUACUUUAGAAAAUAAUUCUCUCUACAUUUUUUUUCAAAAUAUUGUUAAAAUAAAUAUAGACAAAUCAAAAUUUUAUGAUUCAAAAAACGAAGAAAUAUGUGGUGAAUGGGAUAGACAAUUUAUUAUUAAUAAUAGCGAAAGUAAAAACCUUGAGUCUUGUAUAUACAUUUUUAAAGUUAAUGAAAGUGUUAACUUGAAUAAUUUUAGUUAUUUAAAGUUGUCAAUAUGUUAUUAUAAAUAUAAUAUACAUACGCCUCAAAAUAUAAAUUAUGAAGAAAACGUAUUACAAGAUUUGGUAAUUGGCUAUGAUAACUUAAUCCAAAAUGAUAAAAAUCAGUAUAAUAUUAUAUAUGAAAUAAAUUUUGAAAACUUUUCAAAAAAUUCCCAUUUUAAAUUGUUAUUAAAUUAUAGUAAAGGAAAUAGCAAAGAGAAUCCAUCCGUAUGUAAUAAUAAUUGUGUAAAAACAUAUACCAAUUUGUAUAAAUAUAUAAAUGAUACAAAUAUACGCUUAAAUCUAGCAAAAAAUGUAAAUUUUAAUUUAUUAAAUCUUGAGCUUGAACAAAUUAAUGAAUUGUUAUCUUUAGAAAGUGAUUGCAAAUAUGCACUAUUUACAAAAUAUGAAAUACUAAAAAAACUUGAAAGAUUUGAUGAGGCUUUUGAAGUUAUUGAUAAAUUAAAAGAAAUUGAUAAUAUUAGGAUAGAAUAUUAUAAUGAUAAGGAAUCUGAACUACGAAUACAACAAAAAGUUUAUGAUUAUUACCGAAGCUCUAAAAAUGAAGAUUCUGAUGAAAUUCUCGAUCUAAGUGGAUUAAAUAUUGAAAACAUAAUUUACCCCUUUAUGAUCGAAGCAUUUUAUAUCCAAAGAAUUAAUCUAUCAAAUAACCUCUUAUUCGAAUCGUGGUCAGGAAAAUGCACAAUAAAUUUUUUAUAUAACUUAAAGGAGUUGCAUUUACGCAGCAACAAAAUAAAACAGUUGAGCAUCCUUAUGAAGAAUUUAUAUAACCUAAAAUUAUUGGAAAUACUUGACGUGAGCAACAAUGAGUUAGUAAAACUGGACGAAGAACUGGAUAAAUAUGAGUUUGAUACACCCCCUUUACUAAAGGAAAUAAAUAUCAGCAAUAGCAAUAUCGUAUUAUUGUUAAAUGACAAAUACAAAAAAGUAAAUAAAUUGAGCAAUCUUCAUGUUACUUUUAAAAGCGAUGAGGUUGUUUUAUUAAGAUAA